GAACUGUUUUAAAUUUCUUCCUCUUCCCUAUUAAGGAAAAAAAUGGGAUUUCUUCCAUGUCCUUUGUCUUGUCAAUCAAAGAAAAAACUAUCAGGUUCUUCUGAGCAAACUCAGUCUAGACAUCUUUCCUCAGAUUCUUCAUCUUCAUUAAUAUCAUUAUCAUCAAGAUCAUUCUCAUUAUCAUUAUCAUCAAGGUCAUGUUCUUCCUUCAACUCACAGCCAAGUUUGCCGUCAAUUCCUUCUCUUUCAAUACCAUCCUCUCAAGUUGAACAUCUCUCAAACACAUUCCACCACUGCUUAGACACACUAACAGGUCAUUCUUCCAACAUAUUUUGCCUAUCACUUGCCGGAAAACACCUCUAUAGAGGCUCUUCCAAUGGCGAAAUUCUUGUAUGGGACAUAAACCAUGUAAGACAGGACAGUUAUUUAAAAGAAAACAUAGUAUCCCAUAGUGGAAGUGCAGUCAAAUCUAUUGUCAUAAUGGGAGAUAACCUCUUCAGCGCUCACCAAGAUCAUAGAAUCCGAGUAUGGAAAAUCGACAAUGACACACCUAAUAGAAAUUACAAGUGUAUUUCCACCUUACCAACGAUCAACGAUCGUUGUAUGAAGCUAUUUUGGACAAGGAACUACAUACAAGUUCGCAGACACAAGAAAUGCACAUGGAUACAUCACGUAGACACGGUGUCAGCUUUAGCCUUAUCAAAAGAUGGGUCUUUGCUUUACUCUGCUUCAUGGGACAGGACAUUUAAGGUUUGGAGAAGUUCAGACUUCAAAUGCCUGGAAUCAGUAUGGAAUGCACAUGAUGAUGCGAUCAAUUCCAUAGUCGUAUCAAAUAAUGGACAUGUUUACACUGGUUCAGCAGACAAGAAGAUCAAAAUAUGGACUAAACAAGAAGGGUCCAAUAAACAUUCCCUUAUGACUACACUAGAGAAGCACAAAUCAGCAGUAAAUGCUCUGGCUCUUAGUACUGAUGGUUCUGUUUUAUACUCUGGUGCUUGUGAUAGGUCCAUAAUUGUGUGGGAGAAAUUACUAGUGUCAGGGGCAUUAAGAGGACAUAAAAAAUCAAUUUUGUGUUUGGCUGUGGUGUCAAAUGAUUUGGUAUGUAGUGGAUCAGCUGAUAAAACAGUGAGAAUAUGGAAAAGAGGAUUUGGAAAAAGUUAUUCAUGUUUGGCUGUGUUUGAAGGACAUAGAGGUCCAAUUAAGUGUUUGACUGCAACUUUAGAUAGUCAAAAGGAUGAUGACGAUUCUUGUUCUGGAAAUUCUUACCUGGUUUAUAGUGGUAGUUUGGAUUGUGAUGUUAAGGUUUGGAAACUUUGGGUUCCUAAUAAUUACCUCUAG